AUGCAGGCCUCCACCGCGGCGCCUGGGCGCCUGGGGCCAGCCCUGAAGGCGGGAGGGGCGCGAGGCAGGGGCCCCGCCGCCCCAGACCCCACCAAGCAGGCACACCGGCAUACCCAGCUGGGCGGCCUGCUGCUGCGGGCGGAGCUGGCUCCAGAUCCUCUGGAGCGCAUGCUGGCGGUGUGCAGGGCGCUGCUGUGCAUGACAACCGACCUGCUACGCCCGGGCAAAGGUUUUGGGGACACCCCCACCGUUAUGCUGGGCCAGCACUACCUGUCCCGCCGCCAGCUGGCCGGCAAGCACCGCGGCGACGCCAUGCAGGUGUUCCUGCAAGAGCUGUGCUCCCACGAGCCCCUGGGACCCACCCCUCACAGCAAGUACACGGCCCCGCCCGCCAGCCUGGCAGCCGCCGCGCCGCCGCCAGUCCCCGCGGCCCAGCUGCGGCUGGGCCUGCGCCCCGCGGCCGCCGCCAGGCAGCAGCAGGGCGGGCUGCUGGCGCAGCUGGGUGGCGGCGGCAAGGCGGCGGCUGCAGGGGGCGAGGGCGCCCCUCCCGCCUGGGUGGAGUGCAGCCUGGAGGGCAGCGUGAUCAUUGUGCUCCCCCGCCACGCCGAAACCUACACCUGCACCCUGCCCUCCCUGGUGCUCGCCGGCCCUCUGGCACAGGAGUGCCCCCUGGACUUCUCGGGGGAUGCCGCCAUCUCCUGCGAGGCCACCAGCCUCUCCCUCGCCCUCCACUUCCGCCCCUUCCGCGGCGGCAGCGUCAAGGGGUCUGUGGAGGCACUGCAGGGGGAGGGGCGCCAACAGCUGGCCUCCAUCAGCGGCAGCUGGCAGGGCGCCGUAACAGCAGAGUCGCCAGAGGGGUCAGGUGUGCUGUUUGACGCCUCCCAGCUCUCCCCUGCCGUCGUCCCCACCAUCAACCUGGCCGAACCCGGGCCCCGGGCCUGCUCCCGCCUCUGGGCCGCCGUGCUGGAGUGCCUCAUCUUUGUGGAUGCGGCGGCGGCGGCCAAGGAGGGCAAGAAGGCGGCUGAGCUGGCGGCGGCGCUGCCGCCCCGCCUGCGGCGGUCGCUGCUGUUUGAGGUGGAAAGCUCGGGCCUGAAGCCCAAGGGGCAGGCUGGCGCCGAGGAGGAGGAGGGCGGCGCGGCAGGCGGCGGACACCAGGCCGCGGGCCUGCUGCCGCCCUGCAUCCUGGCGGAGCGCAGCAAGCACGGCGGGCUGGCCUACCAGCUGCACUACCGUGUGCAGGCGGUGUGA